UAAAGAACGUAAGAAAACCAGCCGCUCCCCUAGGGUUAAGCCAACAUAGUCCCGUGGCCGGUGACCCUUUCGGACGAGGAAAAAGGCAGCUCGAGUGGACGCGAAGGCAAUUUUGUUUGGGGCGUUUUGUCACUGCUCUCGUUGCGAGGCGUCGACACCCGAAGUGGAACCUUGGAGGAGGAGUUGGCGGAAGGAUACGAGAGCGGAGUGAGUGAGGAGACCUUGAGGGAGAAGCGUGUUGGGAUGUGGAAGUAGUUCCGGCCGUACUUGGUCGCGUCGCCUAAAAAUAGCGCCCUGUGGAUAUCCCUUCGCCGGUGUCAGCCUCAGUUGGGGAGGCGACAGUGGAGGAAGAAGAAGAAGAAGAAGAAAGCGGAGGGAGGGAGGAAGGAAGGAAGGAGGCGGCUGGCGGAUUUUGGAAGCAACACGGUGGAUUGUCUGUGGCUUUAGUCCAGAGAGAAUCGUCUACCAUGCGCUAGGACGCAGAGUUUGUGGAUUAUUUUACUUGAGUGCUACUGGAUUAUAAAGAGGGAAACUGAAAAUGGGGAGGAAGAAAAUACAGAUCACAAGAAUAAUGGAUGAACGAAACAGACAGGUGACCUUUACAAAAAGGAAGUUUGGAUUAAUGAAGAAGGCCUAUGAACUGAGCGUGCUCUGUGACUGUGAAAUAGCACUCAUCAUUUUUAACAGUUCUAACAAACUCUUUCAGUAUGCCAGCACAGAUAUGGACAAAGUUCUUCUCAAAUACACAGAAUACAACGAGCCACACGAAAGCAGAACCAACUCUGAUAUUGUUGAGACAUUAAGAAAGAAAGGCCUUAAUGGUUGUGAGAGCCCUGAUGCUGACGAUUACUUUGAGCACAGUCCGCUGUCGGAGGACAGAUUCAGCAAACUAAAUGAAGAUAGUGAUUUUAUUUUCAAGCGAGGCCCUGCUCUGAACAAGAAGGAAAACAGAGGGUGCGACAGCCCGGACCCUGACACUUCAUAUGUGCUCACGCCACAUACAGAAGAAAAAUAUAAAAAAAUUAAUGAAGAGUUUGAUAAUAUGAUGCGGAAUCAUAAAAUCGCACCUGGGUUGCCACAGCAGAACUUCUCAAUGUCCGUCACUGUUCCCGUGUCCAGCCCCAACACUUUAACCUACAGCAAUCCUGGGAGUUCCCUUGUUUCCCCAGCAUUGGCUGCAAGUUCUGCCUUGACAGACACCACAAUGCUGAGUCCCCCUCAAGCGUCAUUGCAUCGAAACGUCUCCCCUGGAGGUCCUCAGAGGCCACCGAGCACAGGAAGUGCAACUGGCAUGUUAUCCACGGCGGAUCUCUCAGUGCCAAAUGGAGCUGGUUCUAGUCCAGUUGGAAAUGGGUUUGUGAACUCGCGAGCUUCGCCAAGCCUGCUUGGCAGUGCCAGUGGUGGAAAUAGUCUAAGCAAAGUGAUGCCCACAAAAUCUCCGCCUCCCCCUGGCGGGGGCAACCUUGGCAUGAACAAUCGCAAGCCAGACCUCCGUGUUGUCAUCCCUCCCUCUGGCAAAGGCAUGAUGCCUCCCUUGAACACUCAGCGAUUAAGCAGUUCACAGUCGACGCAGCCUCUUGCUACACCAGUAGUGUCGGUGACAACGCCAAGCUUGCCCCCGCAGGGAUUGGUUUAUUCCGCCAUGCCAACAGCAUACAAUACUGAUUACUCCUUGACUAGCGCAGACCUGUCGGCCCUGCAGGGAUUUAACUCCCCGGGAAUGCUGUCAUUAGGACAAGUAUCUGCCUGGCAACAGCAUCAUCUAGGACAGGCGGCCCUCAGCUCUCUUGUGGCCGGAGGCCAGUUAUCUCAGGGUUCCAGUUUAUCCAUUAACACCAACCAAAACAUCAACAUCAAAUCUGAACCAAUUUCGCCUCCCCGAGACCGCGUGACUCCAUCCACGUUCCCGCAGCAGCCGCAGCAGCAGCAACAACAGCCACAGCCGCCGUCACGGCAGGAAAUGGGCCGUUCCCCCAUUGACAGUCUCAGUAGCUCCAGCAGUUCGUAUGACGGCAGUGAUCGGGAGGACCCGAGGAGUGACUUCCAUUCCCCCGUCGGUCUGGGAAGACCCCCAAAUUCAGAAGACAGAGAGAGCCCGACAGUAAAGCGCAUGAGAAUGGACGCCUGGGUGACAUAAGCUCCCCAUUCUCUUCUCCGUUUCUACCUUUGAGUUCUCCCAACGAACAGUCCUGACAUAUCUAAAUUUAUAAAUAGGACACGAAAGAAUAUUUAUAUGUAUAUACAUACAUGCAUAUAUAUAUAUAUAUCUUUGUAUACUUAUAUAUGUGUGAGUGUGUGUAGCAAAGACGGAAAAAAACAAAAAUCAGCAGGCACUUAAUACAAACUCCUUGUGUAGCUGCAGAGGCCCUGUGGUUCUACAAGAAAUACAUAUAUAUAUAUCACUAGCAGAAGAAUCUGCAUAGGUAUUGGUCUUGUCUGGCUUUUACCUGGGACUCGUUCCUUGAGAAUAACGUAACCUGUUUUGCAAAAGAAACAUUGUACCCAUAUUUAAUCCUACAAAAUUAGAGGGCAGAACCGCGAGGGACUCGCCUGUUGUAGUGUUCCGGUGUGUUUUUUUUCAAAUGCUGUACGGUUCCCUGUAGUACGCUUUGUAGCAAGCAGAGUAGUAGGAAAAGAAAGCAAUACUGUACAUAGAAUGACCUUUAUAUUACCCAAUCUAGCAUGGGUCUCUUUUGCAGAGAGUGCACGGAGAAGGGCUGGCGUUAGUUCAAAACAAAACACCCGUUUUUGCACAUGCAAAAAAAAUGUACUGGGAGUCAACAAUGAUUUUUUUUUAAAUGAUGAAAGACAAAGAACUCGCAUGGAAUAUUCAGAAGAUAUUAGCCUAGGAGAUAAACCAUAAAGAAAAUUUUAAUAUAUUAAGUUAUAAUUGGAACACGUUGAAAAAGUUUCCUUUUUUAUGUUCCUCCUACCUUUUUUUAAAGAAAUGUAGAAAACCAAUUUUAGCUCAUGUAUAUUUUUUAUUAAAGAAAACCAUACCCUCCUUGAAGACUAUAUAGAAAGUUAUAUACUGUACUUUUUGAACACAUUCUGCUAUGAAUUAUUUAUAUAAGCCAAAGCUGUAUGGGGUUGCUUUUUUGUAGAGUAUAGUUCUAAUUUUUUUUUUACUUUUUUUGUUUGUUUCAGGAGAGGAAGGAAAAAAAAACUUGCAGGCAGAAGCUUGGGGAAAAAUAAGCCAUGAAUACUUAUUAUUCUAUAUGUAAAUUAAAAGUUGAGCCAAACUUCGUGUAUAUAGCAUCUUAAAUAUAUUAUCACCUUUUGGUGUAAGUACCUAUCUAUGUAUUGUAUGUUCACCAGAUUAAAAAGUAUAUUUUUGUGGAUUGACGCCAACUUGAAAAAAAAAAGGCGAGGUCCUUAUUAAGUAGAGUAUUCACUGUUUAAUAUUUACUAUUUUGUUCCAUAUACUGUACUUCUUUUGGAUUUUAAGUAAUAUUAUCCAGAUUUUUUUCAGAGGGUGUUUUAAAAAGGGGUUGUCCCCUCCCUCACCGGUGGUGAAUGUGUGCUGUUAAAUUGUACUCUUUUUUGUGCUGUAUGGUAAAGCUUCAUUAUACAUUUUAUAAAUAUAUAUAUACAUAUAUGUGUAUAUAUACAUAUAUAAAUAUAUGUAUAUAGAUAGCAAAGUGAUACCCACCCCCUUGUCUUGACACACACACAGAAAUCUGGUGUUGAGUUCCUCCAGCAUAAAUAGAAAAAAGUGUUGUAAUAUGUUCUUUUAAGGCAUUAUAUUAAAAAUUGCCUCUUGGGGGAGGGAAGAAAGCGAUCCUCUGGCUCACAUUGAAGUAAUGGAAAUAUGCAUCAGAGAAGCAGAAAGGGAAUUUUUGGAAGUGGUGUGUGGGUUUUGUGGGCAAAUCAUAUUUAAGAAAAGUUUUGAUUCUCAGUACCAUUAAGAGAUUAUCCUCUCCCCGCCCCCCAAUAGUGGGACAGGUCUGAUCCUGCAACCGCUACUCUUAAGUAGGUUUGAACGCUAUACUUGUAGAAGCCACAAAACUGGAGGACUCUAUAACCAUCUGCAUAUACUUUUAAUAUGUAUGUCUAAUAAGUUCAUGUUAAAGAUUUUUUCGUACAUACAACACAGGUGCUUUCCAAAGCUUUAAUACCUGAAGUGGCCUGACACCUCCAUUUAAUGUUGGAGCAAUAUAGUCAACAGGUUAAUUGAUACAGCCCUGAGACAAGUCUCAAAUAGCUAAACCUUGCAAAAUUGUUGAAAUCUGUAUUGGAACCUGGAUUGCGCUUAUCCCAGGGAGGGGGCACUCUUCAAAUUGAGAGCGAUCCCCAUGCAAAUAUACUUACUUAGAAGCACCUUUCCUGGAAAUCAUAGCUUCCUUGUGUGGGAUAUACACAUGGCCACUGUAGCGCCCUGUUCAAGUUAAUCAGUCUGUGUACAACCUGCUUGUUCAAGUGCAUAUCUGUUUGUAAGAAAGAGCCAAUGUGCGUCCACUUUACAAAUGAAACGGGGGACCAGUACCUGGAUAAGGGUUUAAGUGCAUGUGUUGAAUGUAACAUGAGUCGGUGUGCACAUGAAGAAAAACCAAGUGUACUCUGUACAUGGAUUAUAUGCACAUUCACUAUAAUUUAUGAAUAGGGCUUGUGAUCUGCUUGAAUGUGGCGGGUUAUUCACAAAGGCCACCACGUUUGAGCUUCCCCUUUGAGGGACCAAGAACUUAACUCUGUUCUCUUUAUCAGAAGAGUUUAGAGUUUCCUCAGAAUGAGAGAUCAGUUGUGUUUUCCCAUCCCAAGUCCUGUGAUUUUGUUGACAGAGGUAUGACUUGUUUUUCUGCAGCAACUGGGUUUAAAGAGAACCUAAUUUUUUCCCCUGCAGAAUCUCUAACUCUUGAAACUGAGUGGUGUUAAAGCGGAUGGAAAGAUUUGGAAGUUCAGAUGAAGGAGAAUGGGAUCUCCUUCCAUGUCCCUGUAGGUGUGUGACUAUUUUAAAAUUAGAUAUUCAGCCGUCUUUUAAUGUCAAGGCCAGUCCCUGUAUUGCUCAUCCCACCUUCCCACCUUACGUGAAAAUGGUAUAUGAUGGUGUUUUUUUAAAAAAAAUAAUUGGCUGAGGUUUUUCAACUAAAAAAAAAUGCUGUAAACGUAAAAGUUUUGCGAUGUAUUUUUUUCUUUAUAAUUCCUCAACGGUUCAAGGAACUGAGAAUAGGCACACCUGUUUCUAUCUUGCUGAUGUCGAGCAGUAGAACAUCCUGGGGCUUAUCCUCCCCUCCUCCAAAACCGACCCACCACUUCAUGAAUCCCUCUGAUGCUUCAAAAUGAUGUCAUUUCUCUGUUGUUCUUUAUGCACCCGCGUGAGCUUUUCGCUGUACGUUGGAAUGGGAGUUCUUCAUUUUCACAUUUACUGUCUCAUUUCUUGUGUGCCUUAAGGAGAUGGCUCUGCUGACUGUAUCUCAAUAAGUCUUUAUUCCUAUGCAGGUUUUGUUAGGAGUGACAUCGCCCUUUAAAAAAAAACACAAGACCAAACAUUUAACCUGAAGGCUUGUGCUCGCUUGUGUUUGAAUCAAGCCAGCUCAAUAUUCAGAAGUUCUCAGACUGUUUACUUUCAGCCCGUCUCCCUGUUCCAAGAUCUGGCCCUGUUCAUUGUCUCCUAUGGAAAAACUUCACAUCAUGGGAAUACAAAAAGAGAUUGUAAAAAACACUAAUAAAUGUAAUUCUAUCCGGCAUUCUAGGAAACCUUUACACCUUGAUCCGGUAGAAAAGCAACUUUGCAAUGGCGUUCAGGGUUGCUCGUGCUGGUAUCGCCACAGCUGCACCCUUCAUUUUGGAAAGCAGGCGAGUCAGUGUUUCUCCGCUGCCUGUUUGCGACCCUUUCAUACCAAAUAUUAGCAUUUGCACCCAGGUAAAGCAGACUAAAUGUCCUUUUGAGGGGUGGUAUAUCAGUGGCAUCAGGAGAACAGUUCACUUCUAGCAAUGCAUCUUCUGAGCCCAGGUCUGCACUGAGUGACAGAAGUUUGCACAAUAACUUUGGUAACAGCACCCGUUGAGGGUAUUUGCAACACAUCUAGGGCAGAAUCCAAAGAAUUGUCUACCGCCCUCCCCCCUGCCCCUUGCCUGGCAGGUUUCAGGGUUUCUUUCUUCAAUGAUAGCCCCUUCUCACACGACAAACCACUUUUGGAAUGGAGAAGCAGCAAUAGUCACAGGAGGUGAGGGGCAACUGUUUGAAGAAAUUGAACGGUCCUCUAGGGGCAGGCAUGCCCGAUCCUUUGGCAUACCUCAAGUAGAUCUUUGGCUCCCAGCCUUGGGGUCCCCAUGUUUUAGUAACAUAAUUGAAGCUGAACAAUCAGGGAGCAGAUGGUCUACAGCCUCUGGGUCAGUAUCAUCUUGGGAAGACGGGAAGCUUCAUGCUUGCAAGUGCUCCCAUGUGAAAUCCGGCUAGCACAUGAGGAGGAAGAGAAGCUUUGUGCUGUGUUGCAGCCAACUGUGUUUUAAGAAGCCACAACCUCCCCUCUCUUCCCUAAUGGCUGAGAUGCUAAUUGCCUGUCAGGGAGCUAUGCUACUUCAUAGAAUGAAGCUGUUCGAAAGUGUGUAUUUUUUUUAAACCCGCUCCCCCCAAAACCUUUUGACAACUUAAAAAAAAAAAUCAAUGGUGUAAAUUAAAUCGAUAGCAUGUAAGGUUGCAGUCAGAUCUUUUGCAAAUAAGAGUUGCUGGCAUUGAUUCAAUUGUUGCUUAUUUUAACGUGAGAAAUGCUGACUUGCUGUGAAUAGCGGGUUUUCUUUUCUUAAAGGAAGAGUAACGUCGGGAAUGCUUUAGCCUUUAAUUGUAAAGGACACUAAUGCAUUGGAUGUGUAUACUGUGCGCGCACAAGAAAUAUAUAGUAAAUAAGGAACGUAAUGACUCCUGCCAGAUCAGCCAUGGGAAGAAGUUUGAAAUUUAGAAUGUGAAAGACUUAAAACUUCUUAUUAAAUACUUUCCUCACUUUGCUGUGCGAGAAGAAACACUGCUUUGCUAUAUUUAAAAAAAAAAAGAAAAGCUUUUUUAAAUAUAUAUAUAUAUGUAUUUGGUAAAUGUUUGUAGUCAACAGUUCACAGACGAAGCUGUUCGCGGUUGAAGCCGUCUGGCAGCACAAGCUGGACUUUGUUGCCAUCUUUGAGACGAAUCUUUAAGAAAAAAAAAUAUUAAGUUAAUCUCCCCCCCUGAAUGUGGUGGCUUUUUUUCUUCAUUAUACAAUAAAUAUUCUAGUGAACUUUUUAUCAAAUGGUUAAGAAAAUGCUAGAAGUUGUUGUAAAAUAUUUGUAUCUUGUAUUCACUAAAGUAAAAAAAUACUGGCUUUUAACUGUG